AUGUUUCAAACACAACAACAUCAAGAAUUGCUUCAUGGAUUGUCCUCUCCGACGGAUGGUGUUGCACUAUCCACUUGGACCGACUCUCAAACAUCUUCCGAGCCAUUUGAUGCUCGGAUCAUUUAUCGAGAUGAUGCUGUACUUUUUUCGGUCAAUUCCAUCGUUAAGAAUAUGGACUUUGAUACUUUAAUCAAAUACUUUCUACAUGAGCAUUUCCGAUGCCCAAUUCCAGAAGAUGUUUCUUCCUAUUGUAUUCGAUAUUACGAUAUUACAUGGGCAGGAUACACCUCAGCAUUUUCAAAUCAACAUUUGUCCAAGCUUUGGGAAAGCGUCUAUAAGGCACGAAAUCGUUCGGGUCGGAUUUUGCAAUUGAUUGAAAACACCAACAAUCACCACUUUCUGAAAGAGGGUCAAAGCAAGAGGAUUACUCUUCUGACUUCUCCUUCCAAGAACACUUUUAAAUCUUCCAAUCAUGAAGUCGCCGUAGAAACUUGUGGAAGUCCAGGUCAUUCGUCCUCAUCACCAUCACCACCACCACAACACAUUCAUGAAAGCAUUGAAACCUCAGAUGUGGUGAUGCAGGCCUCCACGACUACAACAACAACAAUUCCAUGUUCAACACAACAACAGCAACAACCAAACACUACCACCACUACUACUAGUACUUUCAAAACAGUAGAUAUAUGUCCCAUUUCCAUCAAUGAGAAGUCUCAAAACUCCAUUUCAUUUACUUGUGAAAAUGAAGAACGAUUUUCAACAACGCCCACGAAAGCUCGUCGAAGAAGAAGAGCAACGACACGAGUUAAAAUCUUUUUGGAACCAACUCCACAGGAAGAAGAUGUAACAGCAAACAAGAAUGACGAACCUAUGGACUUCUCUUUUAUUGAUAACAUUCCAAUUAAAACACUGAAAAGAAAGCACAGAAAAACAACAACACCUACCUUUGAAACAUUACCACAUACUGAGAAGUCACACACAAAAGAAAUAGAGAGUAGCAUUCCAAAGAGUGAAGCAGUUCCCACAACCUGUGGUGGUGGUAUUGUUAAGAUGGAUGAAUCGUAUGAACCAAUCCUUGAAGUGAAAACGAGUCGAAUGAGAAGAAAGCAACGUAAAGCCAAAACUCUUCAAAGUUCAAAAGCCUCAGAUUCACAAACCAAUAUAGAUUCUUCUGAUCCAGUCUUACCUCCCUCAGAGACCUUUGAAAAAGAAUCAAAAAAGCCAAAAGCAAAUCCAACAAAUAAUUUUUCAUGCGAAUCUUUACAAAUGAAUGAUUCAUCUGUGGAUGGUCAUCACCAGCCACCUUCUAUUAUGAAUACAUCUUCUGAGAAGAGCAAACAAGAGAAUAAUGACAUGAUGAAUGACGAUGCAGAAGAUGCCAAUUCUUCUCAACAAGUGGAACGACCUCAAAUAUUCACACACCGUGUUAAUAUUUUCCCAAGAAAGAUGGAAUGUGACUCUAUCACAAAUUUCAUUGAGACUCAAUUCUUUAAUCAUGAUUUGAGGAAAAAUGUAUUAUAUGUCUAUGGAACGAAUGGUCAAGGAAAAUCAUUGGUUGUCUCUUCUAUUUUCGAUUCAGUGAUAAAAGUAGACAAGUACAAGUUUAAUCUUGCUGGAUAUGCAAAAGGAUCAGAUUUAUUGCUACUACUUUUCCAGAAUAUUGUAAAAGGUGAGAUAUCAAGGAAAUCAGAGUUGGCUCCUCGACUAUUGAGCCAUUUCAACAAUAGAAAGAAACCAGUUUUGAUAUAUUUGGAUGAAUUUUCAUUUACACGACAUAGCAAGUAUUUGGACCAAAUCAGAAAAUCAAAAAUUAUUGUCAUUGCCGUGACUAAUGACCCACCUACGAAAAGUGCACUUCCAUAUUCAUUGACUUUUAACCAAUACGAGAGUGAAGAUAUUAAGAAGAUACUUAUUAGCGAAUAUGAAGGAAAAAUCAGUGUAGAGAUCUUUGACAAGAUGAUGAAUUAUCUCAAGAACAAGCAAGAUCUUCGACAAAUCAAAUCAUUCGUAGAUGGACAUUUAAUGCCAGAGGCUAAAACAUUAACUGUGAAAAGAAUGCUUCAACUUUGUACUAUUGGAUUCAGGAAGAAGCAUGACCCACUUAAAGGUCUCACUCAAACCGCCAUUGAGAUUCUUGUGGUGUUGAGCUGUGUGGCAGCUGAGCAGGAAAAGUUUUAUGGUGAGAUUGAUGCUGAAAGUUUUCAACGAAAAUAUGAACAAGUUCUACAAGAAGAUUUCAGAAAAAACUUUGGAGACAUCAAAGAUGGUUUGGUUUUACUGACACAAGAAGGACAUAUCACUCGAAAGAAUGUUGCUCUCUAA